ACUGAAAAUGGCAGCAGCUAACAGAAUACUUGCUAUCAUCUAUUUCUUUAUGAUCAUGGAGCUGAUACAUGGCAACACCCUGUAUCCCACAAAUAAAUAUGAAUUAAUUAAGUUAAAAAUACCAGUUAUGAAAACUGAGAGCAAGUCUUAUUCUGAGAGCACAGCAAAUGAUUUGGCGCCCCCUUGGCAGACAGCAGCUCAUUAUGAUUUAACCAUUACAAAGCCCUUGCACAAAACAGACGUUUUACAACACACCACAAACCCCAUCGACAGAUUGUUAGUAACCUGCACCGAAGCUUUCAUGCGUGCUUCACUUAAUGUUUUUCAAAACAAACUGAAAAGUGCAACAGCCGCAGAAAGCGUUGAGAUCUUCGACGUUUUACUGAAAAUUAAAAAUCUCUCCAAGGCAGAUGAAGCGCUGUUGAACAAAGCUUUAUAUACAACUUUCGAAAAGAUCAACGAAAUAAACGUCGAUUUAACGCUUAGUGAGAGUGAACAAACCUUGAUGGAGGCGCUAUUGGAACACUACGAACAAAUGUUGCAGCAGGAGCAACUGGGUGUACCAAAACCGGAUGCUCAUGAGGGUUUAACCAUCGAGCAUGAUAUUGAGCGGAAUUUUGAUGCUGUGAAGAGAUUUUGGUUGGAAUUUUAAGUUAAAUUGGAUAUAUUUCUAAAAUUAAGUAGUUGAUAGAUAUUUUAUCAUAAGCAUAACAAAUAUUAUUUAUUUUUUUAUAAAAGAGUCAAUAAAUUACAAAAUGCUAUAUUUUAA